AUGACACGCCUUCUUCCACCCGGUCCCAGGGGUGUGCCUAUUAUCGGGAACCUUCUCAAUCUGCCGAAGGAAUAUGAGCGGGAGACGUUCACUCAGUGGGGUAGAGAGUUCGGUACGGUCUCCAAUAGCAACUUCACCAUGGUGAAAGCCCUCGGGACGAAUAUGCUGAUUAUUAAUCACUCGCGAGUGGUCGUCGACGUGUUCGGUGCGCUGCAUACCAACCGGUCACUGCGGAACCUUUCUGACUGUUUGUUACAGGAAAGAAAUCGAAUAUUGACAACGACCGCCCCUGGAUGA